AAUGUUUGAAAAGCCAAGCCCUUUUCUUUCCGUUAUUUUCAGAACUGAAAGCUAACUGCGAAGCGUCGUCACUUUAAGCGCGUUGCAAAAACUACUCUUUCUUAACUUUCAAAAAUGCGUGAAUGUAUCUCAGUCCACGUCGGCCAAGCCGGAGUCCAAAUGGGCAACGCGUGUUGGGAACUAUACUGUUUAGAGCACGGAAUUCAGCCCGAUGGCCAGAUGCCUAGUGAUAAAACGAUCGGCGGAGGAGAUGACUCGUUUAACACGUUCUUCAGUGAAACUGGGGCAGGAAAACAUGUCCCAAGAGCUGUGUUCGUAGAUCUUGAACCUACUGUUGUUGACGAGGUUAGAACUGGCACAUAUCGUCAACUGUUCCAUCCAGAGCAACUUAUCACCGGUAAAGAAGACGCCGCCAAUAAUUACGCUCGUGGCCAUUACACAGUUGGCAAAGAACUUAUUGACCUCGUGCUCGACAGAAUUCGAAAGCUGGCGGACCAAUGUACUGGUCUUCAAGGAUUUCUUAUUUUCCAUUCAUUUGGUGGUGGUACUGGAUCUGGAUUCUCCUCCUUGCUCAUGGAACGUCUUUCUGUUGAUUAUGGCAAGAAGUCAAAGCUUGAGUUUUCGGUUUACCCAGCCCCACAAAUUUCCACUGCUGUUGUUGAGCCCUAUAACUCCAUCCUGACAACCCAUACCACUCUUGAGCAUUCUGAUUGUUGCUUCAUGGUUGACAAUGAAGCCAUCUACGAUAUCUGUAGAAGAAAUCUCGACAUUGAGCGACCAACCUACACCAACUUGAAUCGUCUGAUUGGUCAGAUUGUGUCUUCCAUUACUGCAUCUCUUCGCUUUGACGGUGCUCUUAAUGUUGAUUUAACUGAGUUCCAGACCAAUUUGGUUCCCUAUCCACGUAUCCAUUUCCCUCUUGCCACAUACGCACCUGUGAUUUCUGCUGAGAAGGCUUACCAUGAGCAGCUAUCUGUUGCUGAAAUCACCAAUGCAUGCUUUGAGCCUGCCAAUCAGAUGGUAAAAUGUGAUCCUCGACAUGGUAAAUACAUGGCUUGCUGUUUGCUUUAUCGUGGUGAUGUUGUUCCUAAAGAUGUCAAUGCUGCCAUUGCAACAAUCAAGACAAAACGUACCAUUCAAUUUGUUGACUGGUGUCCUACUGGCUUCAAAGUUGGAAUCAACUAUCAACCUCCCACAGUUGUACCAGGUGGUGAUCUUGCUAAAGUGCAACGGGCUGUUUGUAUGUUAAGUAACACCACAGCUAUUGCAGAAGCCUGGGCUCGUCUUGAUCAUAAGUUUGAUUUGAUGUAUGCCAAACGUGCAUUUGUUCACUGGUACGUUGGAGAAGGCAUGGAAGAGGGUGAAUUUUCAGAAGCCCGUGAAGAUUUGGCAGCUCUUGAGAAAGAUUAUGAGGAAGUUGGUGUGGACAGCAUUGAAGGUGAAGAAGAGGAAGAAGGCGAUGAAUAUUAGUCAUCCUAAAAAACAAUCUGUUAACUUUUGUGUGUUAUUUCCUUUGUAAGAUGUCAAUGUUUCAUUGCCGUAAAUGAUUAAAAAGAUGUUGGUGAA